AUGGUGACACUUGUUAACAGUGGUGACACUGGUGCUAACAGUGACACUGAAAGUCAGGCUAUCACUGGCGUAAGCAGACCUGGUGCUGCACUGGUGAGCACUGGUGCUACCAGCCUAUCACUGGUGCCAGCAGGUGACACUGGUGCUAACAGUGGUGACACUGGUGCUAACAGUGGUGAUAUUGGAACAGUGGUACACAGGGCUAGCAGUGGUGACACUGGUGCUGGCAGUGGUGACACUGGUGCUAACAGUGCACUGGUGCCAACAGCAGACACUGGUGCUAGCAGUGGUGACACUGGUGCUAACAGUGUGGUGGCCUGGUGCAACAGUGGUGACACUGGUGCUAACAGUGGUGACACUGGUGCUGACAGGGUGGUGCCUGGUGCUAGCAGUGGUGACACUGGUGCUCGGUUGGUGACAGGUGCUAACAGUGGUGACACUGGUGCUAACAGUGGUGACACUGGUGCUAACAGUGGUGCAGACACUAACAAUUAUCGCCUGCACAACACGUGA